GAGUGGCCCAUGAGAACGUUAAGCUUCAGUCAUGACGGCAGAAUGUUGGCCUCGGCGGCCUCAGAAGAUCUCAUCAUAGACAUCGCAGAGGUGGACUCAGGGGAGAAAAUCACAGAGAUUACCUGUGAAGCUCCUACGUUUACUGUUGCCUGGCACCCAAAGCGCCCUGUACUGGCCUUUGCCUGCGAUGAUAGAGACACAUAUGACAGAAAUCGAGAUGCUGGUACUGUAAAAGUGUUUGGGCUUCCGAGUGACAACUCUUGAGAAUUUUAUAAAUAGAACUUGGGAGAGACCUGCCUUGGCUAUAUUCCUUGAUAAACAUUGGACCUAGAAAUGAACAGUGAAUUUUACAGAAAUAAGAGAGACAAAUGAAAUCAGUUUGUGUUAUGAUACAAUUUGCUGUUGUUAUGGUAUUGAAGGAAUGAACUGUUGAGAUUUUGUACAGACUGGAACAUUGCUGAUCAAAGACACGGUUUUUAAAAAAAAAUUGUUAAAAGGUGACUGUGAAGUACUACAUGUAGUACAUAAAUGUUCUGUUAUAAGUUUUUUUUAAUUGCAAAACCUUUUUUUUCAAAGACAUGUCUUAUGUGGAAAACAAUAAAUGAAGACAUAUUUAAUGUACAUGUAUCCCAUGUGUUUUAUGUAGAUUUGCCUUGUCCAACUUUGCAGUUCUACUAUGCUUUCCAAGUAUCAUUUUCACCAUUUCUGAUGAUGUGUCUUCAAUUAUUUUCAACACAGACACUGCUAUAAAAAUACAUAGCAAUCAAUUGCAAUAAGACUUCAGUCUUUGAACACAAUUU